AUGAGCAGUGAAGAACAUCAUAAUAAUGAUUCAUGUUUAAAAAUUUCUUAAGAGUAAACUCAAUGUGAUCCUGUCCAGAACGAUAUAAAUCGAACUCCUCAACUCUACUCUUAAUUAUCUGAGAAUCAAAAUAAUGAAUCUCAAAUCGACGGUAAUCAACAAAGGGUAGUGAAUGAGGCAUAAGAUAAGGGAGGUGAAGAUAAGGGAAAAAGAAGAAACCAAGUGGUCAUUUUGAUCAUUUCACUUUGCCUUGGAUUUUCAAGUUUCCCUGCCUUAUGUAUAAACUAAUUCUUUAAAGACGAUUUGAAACUAGAUCCAGCAGAGCUCUCUCUUUUCAACUCUAUUAUCAACUUCGUGUGGAUUUUAAAGCCAAUAUUCGGAUUUAUAUCUGAUAGCUAUCCUAUAUUCGGUUCUCGCAGGAAGUCAUACCUCAUUCUUUUCUCAGCACUUCAAGCUGUAUUCUGGAUCAUUUUAGGUCUAUGGGUAACAAACCUAUGGCAAGCAAUCUUAGUCAAGACAAUGAUAAACAUCUGUACGAACUUCUAGAAUUUAGUUGGAGAAGCAAUUAUGGUUGAAGCCUCUAGAAAGAAAGACGAGAAAGAUGAGGCAAAUAAUGAUAACUCCAGUGAGAGAUCUUCAAGUCAAAGCUCAGUUGCCAAAUACGAUAACAAAAAUGCUGCCACCAAUGUGUCCAUAUAUCUAUCGCUGACAGCCUUUAGCUCGCUGAUUUCAUCAUAUUUGGGAGGAAAGCUCUUGGAAUACAUAUCUACACGAGAUUUUUUUAUGAUUACUUCAGUUAUCUCAGGAUUCGCUCUCUGCUCAGGAAUCAUUCUCUAUGAGCAACCUUGCACAUAGAUUAAUGGACAAGAAAAUUAAGCCUUAAUUAAAGUUACUUUUCUUCAGCUUGCUAGAGAAAACAUAAAGAAGAUAUGGAAGUAUUUGAAAAUACCAUUUAUCUACAAGCCACUGAUCUUUAUCUUUUUGGUUGUUCUGGCACCUGGCGUUGACGAUCCCUUCUAUUAUUUCUAAACAAAUGUGCUUAACUUCAGUCCAGGUGACUUAGCCAUCCUAAAUCUAAUGUCCUCCCUUGCCAACCUAUGUGGGAUUUGGAUGUAUAGAUUUUUCUUCAGAAAUGUCUAAUUCAAGAAGAUGAUAUUUUUUACAACUAUCUCGUUCGCUGCUGUUCAAAUAUCGAAAAUGUUACUCAUCGAGCAAUACACUCACUAUAUUGGUCUAAGCCCGUUGGUCUAUAACUACAUUAUACAGUUUUUGUACACAAUCAUUAAUGAGCUGCAUUUGAUGCCAAUUAUGGUGCUUGCUGUUAAAAUGUCACCCAAACAAGUAGAGGCUUCGUUUUACUAGUUCAUAAUGGCAGUGAUUAAUCUAGGCUACCUUAUUUCAUAUUAAUUAGGUGGGCUCCUUACUUGGGCUCUGGGCAUCACUGCUCAUAAUUUCUAAAAUCUUUGGAUUUUAAUAGUCAUAGCCACUGCUUUCCCAGUAGUGACACUUCUGUUUAUGCUCUUGAUACCUAGUAAAUUUGAUGUCAACGAGGAGAUUGAGAUUUACUUCAAGCAAGUAAGGAGAGAUAAGAGGCAGAAGAAGUAUGUUGAGACUAAUAGAGACAGUUUUAUUAAGGUUAAAUCGAAUUUAAGAGAUGAUAUUGAAGUUGAUGAAUUACUGAUUGAUGAAAUUACAAAAAGUUGA